AUGCAAUGCGGCAUCUGCACCACCGAAAAGCGCCACCUCACCUGCACCUCCUGCUCGCAGGAGCGCGCCUGGGAGCUGCGCUACGAGACGCUCCUCCGCAUCACCGAGCGCGACGCCCUCGCCGAGCGGGUCCACGACUACCUCGAGAGCAGCCGCGGCUCCGUCGACGCCCUCGCCGCCCAGGCCGCCGAGGCCCGCGAGCGCAUCAGCAAGAUCCGCGAGGAGACGCGCCGCCUCAAGGAGCUCAACGCUGCUGAUACAAUCAAGCUGAACGAGCUUCGAGCCAGCACCGCCGCCCGCCACGACACCCUCACGGAUGCCCGCGCGGCGCUGUUCCGCCUCCCGCAGGCGUCGCAGGCCCUGACCCGCGACACAAAGCGCCUGACCACCAAGCACAAGACGCUGCACACCCGCACCGCCGAGGCCCGCACCUUCCUCUGCCGCGAAGCCGCAGCCCUCUACAACCUACGGCAGAAGCGCAAAAAGGCCCCGCCACCCCCCACCACCACCACCACCACCACCAGCACCACCAGCACACAACCACAACCACCACCCCCGCCGCCGCCGCCGCAGCCAACAUAUCACAUCGGCGGCGUACCCAUCCCCAACCUCCUCACGGACCUCAACACCCACGCCCCCGCACAGAUCACCACGGCCCUAACACACCUCUCGCACCUCCUCGUCCUCACCUCCCACUACCUGGGCCUCAAGCUCCCGCACGAGAUCCUCCUCCCGACCCGCGACACGCCCACAACCUCCAUCCGCGGCGUCCUCAACAACCGCCACCUCGCCACGCGGCCGCUGCACCUCGCCGUGCCGCUCGCGGCCCUCGCGCGCGAGAACAACGCCGGCUACACAAAGUUCAUUGAGGGCCUCGGCAUGCUGGCCGUGGACGUGGCGUGGCUGUGCUACUCGCAGGGCCUCGACGACGUCAACAGCGUCGAGGAGGCGUGCGCGCCGGGGGCGGCCAUGUGGCGGCUGCUGGUGGCGAAGGAGGUGGUGCCGGGGUUUGGGCGGUGCAGCCAUGCGACGGCCGCGGGGAAUCUGGCGACGGCCGGGGGCGCGAUGGGGAUGAAGGGGUUUAGGGUGGGGUUGGCGGCGGUGGUGGAGAGGGUGAGGUUUACGGUGAUGGGGGAGGCGAUUGGCGCGGAGUGGGAUCUGGUGGAGGAGGUGGAGAGGGGGGUGGAGGGGAGUGGGGAGGUUGUUGUUGCGCCGGUGAGGGGGGAGGAGGGAGGGGGGGAAGGGGGUGGUGGUGGUGGUGGGUUUAGUGGGUGGAGUCAGUUGCAGGCGGCGAGUGUGGGGAUUAGUGGGUGGACGAGGAUUAGGAGUAAGGCGGAGAAGGAGGGGAAGUAG